AUGGUUAAUUUUGAUCAUAUUUACCAUCCUGUUUCGAGUUCAUUUCCUACGUUAAGGAAAGAAAGACACAAUGAGAGGGUUCAACUUUCCAAGUUGCAAUCGACAGGAGCCAAAAAUUCUGUACCAAUAGAUGACCCGUGUGAAGUCAUCCAUAUUGGCGUGAUAUGUUCGGGAUACAAUUCCAAUUUGUUGUUUCACACGUUAAUUAAGUCUAUAUUUUUUAAUAGAAUUAAUCCGCUGCAAUUUCAUAUCGUUACUAACAAAGUAUCUGAGAAGAUACUUAAGGUACUCUUCGAAACUUGGGAUGUUCCACAAGUUAAUGUAACGUUUUACGAUUUAAAUAAAUAUGUACCUGACGUUAGGUGGAUACCAAAUAGCCAUUAUUCGGGCAUUCACGGUUUGCUGAAACUGAUAUUUCCUAAAAUAAUACCAUUGGAAGUUACCGAUAGAAUUAUAGUUUUGGAUACAGAUAUGACUGUUGUAGCAGAUAUUUAUGAGCUAUGGAAAAUGUUUAGAAAAUUUAACGAAAAGCAAGCAAUAGGUAUGGUUGAAAAUCAAAGUGAUUAUUACCUGGGUGAAAAGAAAUGGCCUGCUAUUGGUAGAGGAUUUAACUCCGGUGUUUUAUUAUACAACAAUUACCUUCUGAAAAAAUUGAACUGGCCCAAACUGUGGUCAGACAUUGCUAAAAAAGCCGCCCUAUAUUACGGGCCCACUCGAUUGGCUGAUCAAGAUAUAAUCAAUACUGUAAUCAAAGAAAACCCGGAACUUAUUUUUGAGGUGCCUUGCGUGUGGAAUACCCAAUUAAGCGACCGAACAUUAAGUGAGAGUUGCUACAAGCAAUAUAAAGUUAAGAUAGUUCAUUGGAAUUCUCCGAAAAAAUAUAACGUAGAGAAUAAAGAUGGUGAAUACUUCAGAAGCCUUGCUAUCGGUUUUCAAGAAUACAAUGGAAAUUUGUUACGAAAAAAACUGCAAGUUUGUGGAAAGGCUACAACAAAUCCUCCAAAUGUGUCUGACGAUAUUUGCUCUGAAUUUCACAAUCUCUCCAACAUGCGUUGGAGAACUUUGUUGUAUUUUAGGGAAUAUAAAUACGUUGCAAUUGAAAAUGACGUGACGUUUGUUGCUCAGUUAUCAUUUGACCGGCUACAAACCAUUGAGGAGUUAGUUAAAGCCUGGGCAGGUCCCAUUAGUUUUACGCUUUACGUGUCAGAUCCUGAGCUGUUGAAAUGCAUAGCAUUCAUUGCGAAUUCAGACGUUUUAAAAGAAAGAAUGAACAUAGCAUAUCACGCUGUUUUUAAAGAAGGAGUCGUUUACCCGAUAAAUAUUUUAAGAAACGUAGGUUUGAGAAACGUUCAGACUGAUUACGUGUUUUUGGCAGAUAUCGAUUUCCUGCCUUCUAAUAAUUUAUACGAGUCGUUAAUAAAAUACAUCGCUAUGAAUGGAUCGUUAAAAAAGAAGGCUUUAAUUGUUCCUGCUUUUGAAGCUCAAACGUUUCUCAACCAAUUGCCGAGUAAUAAGGAGCAACUUUUAGAGGGUUUGAGCAAUAAAUCUAUUAUACCGUUUUUAUCGACGAUUUGGGCCCCAGGGCACACACCUACUAUGUACGAUAUUUGGAAAAAUAGCGCUAAACCUUACAAGGUCAAGUGGGAAGUUGACUAUGAACCUUACAUAGUCGUUAGAAGUGACGUUGUGGAAUACGACGAAAACUUUAUUGGAUUCGGUUGGAACAAAGUAUCACAUAUAAUGGAAUUAGAAGCACAAAAUUAUGAAUUCACCGUGCUACCUGACGUAUUUAUAAUUCAUAAAACACACACUCCUAGUUACGACUUGGGCAGAUUUAGGACGUCUUCUGUAUAUAGACUAUGCCUGAGAUUAUUAAAGGAACAGUUUAUUAAAAGGCUUAAUAAACAGUAUGAUAAAAAUUUUAGCUAUAAUACAUCCGCAGUGUUACCAUUCAUUCGAAGGAAAAGACACAAUAGUUCGUUUAAUUUCACCGGAACUACUAUAGAAACUAACACUGAUUAUCCCAAUACUACAGAAUGCUAAGUAUAUAGCAAAAAUGUAUAUAUUUUAUUCAACAAAUCGUGAUAUGAAUAAGUUUUAAAUCAUGACAUAUACAGAAAGUUUUAGAGAAAAUCAUUUUAUAAUAUAUAAAUUAUAAUAUUGAACAUGAUAUAAAUAAAAACCCUUUGGAGUAUCACAAUCC